AUGCAGGCUCAGAAAGUGCGUGGCCAGAGCGGUGCCUUGAUUGUUCUAAACAUUGCAGGUCGCAAAAUCACCCACAAGCUUCCACGGAAAGGUAACAGCGACCACAACAAACGAGCAACCUACCUCUAUGACAACAUGUACGAAGUCGGCGAUAUUAUCAAAAAGAAAUACUCUGUCACUGGCCUUUACUUCAAAGACGGUCCUUGCCAAGUCAUACAGGUGCAUGAGACUUCGAGGGCGGCGGCCACCGUCGCAAUCGUCAAGGUUAUCAGGCGAGCAAAGGUGCACCCAGACUAUUUCCAAGAGGACCUUCGCACGCUAAGGCAUGACGACCAGGAUCGUGGCCCUCCCUCGCAAGGUGCGGAACGUCGGGAUGAUAUGAGUGAAGAACAGCUCAACGCGCGGGGGUGGGCGAUCGAGUUGAUAGGCGAGAAGCUGCAUAUGGAGCAGUAA